UUUAAUAUUUCUUCUUUUGAGUGUGUAAAGCUGUUCUCAUAAGUUCUGUGUUCAGAAAGAACCAUCUUGUUAUUUAAUGAGAAAAUUUACUAAUUUUUAACUGCAGAUUUUUCCUUCAAUUUGAUAUAUUGCAAUUAAUCGUUUUAGGUUUACGUGACCAACAUCAACAUGAACUAAAUAUUUCAGCGACACGCACUACUAUAAUCGAUUAUUCUUUGCUGGAAGCAGUCAUGUGACUGACUAACAUGGCGGGUAAAACAAAGCACUAUACGAAGUCAUACACAUCUAAUUUAUAUUUUCGAACUCCUUUAUUACAAAGUACUUGUUUAAGCAACAAAGUUGGUUGUAAUGUAUACUUGAAGCUAGAGAAUGUGCAGCCAGCGGGCUCUUUUAAAAUUCGCGGUAUUGGAAACUGCUGUAAGAAGGCUUUAGAGAAAGGUUACACAAACAUUGUAUCAUCGUCAGGAGGCAAUGCUGGCUUGGCUGCAGCCUAUGCAGGGAGAAAGCUAAAAAUGCCCACAACUGUUGUUGUACCAGAAAUUACACCUGAUUUUACCAUCAAAAGAAUCAAAGAAGAAGGAGCAAAUGUUAUUGUAAAAGGAAAGGUUUGGGAUGAAGCAAACAUUCAUGCUAUUGAACUUUCCAAAAUUCCUGGUCACUUUCUUGUUCAUCCUUUUGACCAUGACGACAUUUGGUAAGUUGCAUUUAAAUAAGUCACUUUUCUUGGGAUAAAUGUAAGUUAUGAAUUAUGGGAAAUUAUGGAUAUUUAAUGGUUAUAUUGAGUAUUAUAUAGAAAAUAACUACAGAAAUAGAAAAUACAGUUAAAAAAUGAUCUGCUACUUAAAA